AGUUCAGGUAUUUGAGCACCAGAACGGCUGAGACGAGUUUUCUUUUUCCUCGCUUCCUGGUUCCUGCUGUUCGAUUUUCAUUUCCUUGUAUCUUCUCAAUUUCAUACUCUCUGUCGUUCUCUGCAAUUUUGGUCGGUAGUCGGGAAAAUGAUCGUCGAUCUCAUUAGGAAGAAGUUUGAAUUGGAAGCCCAAGGCUGCUGCUACACAUCAUUUUACAGUUUUCAAUCCGGCUUUGGGUGCGAAACCGGUCAGAAUCUGGAGGUGUUUCCAUUGAUUGGAUUCUUACAGGAAGAAAUUCGAGGUGAUUUUUGCGAUAUUAUCUUGUUUAAAGGUGGAUUUUACCAAAUUUUAAGGUUUAGUUCAAAAUGCCUGUGAAAUCCGCGCAGUCGUCGUAUAGGGAUCGAACGCAAGAGUUUCUCACUGUUGCAGAGAGGCUAAAGAAGUCGUUUUCAUCGGCGCCAAGUGUGCCGAGUAGUAGGUCGAAACCAGAGGGAUCGCGAUCUGCGGUCUCUAUUCAGUCGGAGUUCAACAAGAGGGCUUCAAAGAUUGGAUAUGGGAUCCAUCAGACAUCACAAAAGCUUUCGAAGCUUGCAAAAUUGGCAAAGAGAACAUCAGUGUUUGAUGAUCCAACAGUGGAGAUUCAAGAGCUGACAGCAGUUAUCAAGCAGGAUAUCACUGCACUCAACUCAGCAGUAGUAGACCUGCAGCUCCUAUGCAAUUCACAAAAUGAAGGUGGGAACAUCUCAACUGAUACUACUAGUCACUCAACCACGGUUGUGGAUAACCUGAAGAACCGCUUGAUGAGCACCACAAAGGAGUUCAAGGAAGUCCUUACCUUGAGGACAGAGAACUUGAAGGUCCAUGAGAACAGAAGGCAAUUGUUUUCUUCCACUUCUUCAAGGGAUGCCACUAAUCCUUUUGUUCGGCAGCGUCCAUUGGCUUCUAGGGUAGCUUCUAGUGCCUCAGCCACCCCUCCACCUCCAUGGGUCAAUGGGUCUGCUUCUUCAUCCCAGUUAUUUCCCAGGAAGCAGGCAGAUGGGGAGACCCAACCAUUGCUACAGCAGAAUCAGCAACAUCAACAGCAGUUGGUUCCAUUACAAGACAGUUACAUGCAGAGCAGAGCUGAAGCUCUUCAAAAUGUGGAGUCAACCAUUCAUGAACUGAGCAACAUCUUCACCCAACUAGCUACCAUGGUUUCUCAGCAAGGAGAGCUUGCAAUCAGGAUUGAUGAGAACAUGGAUGACACACUGGCAAAUGUGGAAGGGGCACAAGGAGCGCUGCUCAAGUACCUCAACAGUAUCUCAUCCAACCGGUGGCUGAUGAUUAAGAUAUUCUUUGUAUUGAUUGUAUUCCUAAUGAUUUUCCUAUUUUUUGUGGCAUAACAUUAUAUCAAGAAUAACUAAAAGAAGAAAUAGAAAGAAAGUGCCUUUUCAAAGGCCACGGGCCUGCUACUUACUUCAUUGCAUAUUUCUUUUCUUUUUCUUUCCAUUUCUUCCUUUUCUUUUGUUUGGACAUUUUAUAGCCACUAGCCCAAUUUACAGAGUCAAAUGAUCGAGUCUCAUCCAACAUUUCAAAAAUUAUAUUUGCAGUUUUGCACUGCCUUGUUGUACAUAACAUCAUAAGCUGUGACUGUGUGUAUGUACAAAUACAAUGAGAAGUCUACCAUUAUUCUUCCCUUA